CUGGUAUAAGACGUGAGUGUGUGUGUGUGUGUUUCGUGACUCGACCGCAUCACAUCAUGGCUCAGCAGCAGUUCCAGAAGCUCGGAGACAAACUCCUGUCCUACAGAGGAUUCGUCUUUCCUGUGAACGAGGAGAACGUCUCUCCGGAGUACAUGGACAGUCUGAAGACGUUCCAGAUCAGAGACGAUGACGUGUAUGUUGUUACCUUUCCUAAAUCUGGUACGGUUUGGACUCAGCGCAUCGUGACGCUGCUGUAUGAGGACGAGUUUCCCGAGUCUGCGGAUCUGAUCUCAUAUGACCUCAUGCCGUGGCUGGAGUUUCCACAGAAAGGGCAGGACUAUACCGCUCGCCGCUCCCCCCGCCUCUUCUGCUCUCACCUCCACGAGCAUCUGAUGCCCUGCGGCCUACAGGACAAAGGGAAGAUCAUCUACGUGACCAGGAACCCCAAAGACAUCAUGGUGUCCUACUUCCACUUCAGUCACUUCAUGAAGAUUUUAGAGACUUCAGAGACGUACACCGAAUUGAUGGAGAAAUUCUUCAGUGGGCGGAUGGUCGGCGGCCGCUGGUUCGAUCAUGUCAAAGGAUGGCACUCCAACAAGGACAAAUACAACAUCCUGUUUCUCAGCUACGAGGAGAUGAUCAGGGACCUGAGAGGUGCUGUGGUGCAGAUUUGUGAGUUUUUAGGGAAGAAUGUGUCGGAUGACUUCAUCGACAGUGUGGUGAAGAAAUCGAGCUUUAACUACAUGAAGAAAGACCCAAAAGCCAACUACGAAUCUUUACCUGAUGACAUGAUAAAUCCUGAGAAAGGCUCCUUCCUCCGCAAGGGUACAGUGGGAGACUGGAAGAACUCUCUGACUGUGGCACAGAAUGAACUCUUUGAUCGUGUUUAUCAGGAGCAAAUGAAAGACCUGCCGCUGGACUUUGUGUGGGACAUCUCUGACCUACACGCAUAAAACACACACACACACACACACACACACACAGAGAGAGAGAGAGAGAGAGAGAGAGAGAGAGAGAGUAAUCUUGAUUAAUGUUGUUAUUCCCACAGGAAAUUUAAAAAAGCUCUGAAUAUUGUUGAAAAUGAUGACGUGAACUUCCCUUCAUGUUUAGAUCAAAAGAGCAAAACUACAGUUUAAUGUAUAAUGAUGAAGUGAGUGUAAUAUAUUCAUAAACACAGAAACCAAACAUCAUCAUCAUCAUAAUAAUAAUAAUAAUAAUAAUAAUCUGGACUCUGUCUCACAUAAGUCAUUAAAGUGAUCUGCAUCACCA